AUGGCUGAUCAUUUAAUUGAUAUUUCAACAACCUUUUCAUCCCGGAAUAAUCGAAAAGAUAGUAAUUAUUUAAUCGACGCACUUGGUGUUAAAUCCUACGGAACAAUUAUUUUUGACCAUAAUCAAUCAAACAGAGCCAAUUUUAUCCGAAUACCAUCGGAUGCAUCAACAUUAUAUGUUAAACAAUUACUUGUUCGACGAUGUCAAAAUAAACGUCCAUCACUUGUUAUAUCAGUAACUGGCAGUACGAAAGAAUAUAGUAUGAAAUCAAAAUUAUUUCGAAUAUUUCGUCAAGGUCUUCUUAAAGUGGCCAAAACAACUGAUAUUUGGAUAAUCACAGGUGGUGUUAAUACAAGUAUUACAAAAUUAAUCGGAGAAAUAAUUCGAACAAAUCCCGAUCCAUCUCAUCCUAUUCAUUUAAUUGGUAUUGCUCCAUGGGGAUGUAUAUCGGGUGUUGAACAACUUGAUGUUCAUGGAACAAACGUUAUUUAUGUGAAAUCGAAAACUGGUCAAAAUAAUGAAAUAUCUCUGGAACCAAAUCAUACACAAUUUAUUUUUAUUGAUGAUGGAACUACACAUCAAUAUGGAGGUGAAAUUGAAUUUCGUAUUCGAUUGGAAAAAGCUUUUUCAGGAGAAUCAUUUAUAUUACAAAAUAAACAACAAAAUUCAUCAGACAUAAAUCAGAAUGAUAAUAAAUCAAUAUCAUCAUAUUCACAAUCAGACAAUAUACCUGUGGUUCUUCUUGUCAUAGAUGGAGAACUUGAGACAAUUAAAAAAGUUCAUGAGAGUGUUAUUAAAAAUAAAAUUCCUGUUGUCCUUUUGGAAGGUACCGGUGGUUGUUGUGAUUUAUUUGCUAAAUGUUAUCAUUUAUAUAAUGAAUAUCAUUCGAAAUCGCGAACAUCUGUUGAAACAAAUGUUGAUCAAUCAUAUUUAUUGGAAAGAAAUGAACAAAUAAAGAAUAAACUUCGUGAAAGAUUACAAACAAUUAAUGAUAAAAUAAAUAUAUAUCCAUUAGAUAUAGAUAAAGAAAUGAAUUAUUUUGAAUUAAUUUAUGAAUGUAUUGAAAAGCAAAUGAUACUUUUAAAUUUUAUUGAUUUUAAAGUUCAUAGUCAUGUUGAAAGAGAUAUUGAUUUAGCCAUUUUACAAGCUCUUCUUAAUGCACCAAAUUCUACUGAAAUAAAUGUUGAACAAAAACUUGAACAAUUAAAUUUAGCAUUAGAAUGGAAUAGAGUUGAUAUUGUCAAAAGUUUAAUUAUGAAAGAGGAUCAAGAUUGGAUAAACUAUAUAUUAAGACAUAAUUUUAAUGAUCCAUUACAAUCAAUAUAUAAAGAUAUAAUUCAACCACUUAUUGGAACUUUUUUUGAAGUUGAUGAUGUUUUCGAUUCAGAUGGAAUUUCAUACAAUCAUGAUCAACAUACUGACAAUAACAUACAAUCUGAGGCUACAACAUGUUUUCAUGCUAAUCAAAUGGAUAUUGAUAAAGAACUCUUUCUUUGGUCGGUAUUGACAAGUAAACAUGAAUUAGCUUUACUUUUUUGGGCUCGAGGAAAAAAUAAAAUUUGUGCUGCUUUGAUUGCAAUGUUACUUAAUAAAAGAAAAGCACAAAAAGAAAAACAUUUAAGAUAUAAUGAAUGGGCAGAUCAAUUUGAAAAUUUAGCUGUAGAAAUUCUUGAAAAAUUUUAUCGUAUACAUCCAUCUCAAUGUGCCAAAGCAAUUAUUAGAGAAAUUCCACAAUUUGGUAAUGUUACUUGGUUACAUUUAGCGGUUAUGGCAGAAGCGAAAUUAUUUAUUGCACAACGAGCUGUGCAAAAUGUACUUAAUAGUAUUUGGUAUGGAUAUAUUGACCGUCGAAUAGGAAAUACAAAAAUCAUAUUUUCAACCAUAAUGCUUUGGUAUAGUGGAUUCCUUCCUUAUCAUAAAGAAUUAGUUGAAAUAAAUGACAAUAUUCACUUUACGAAGGUAAACGAUAGACAGAGUUUCAUUCGACAUGAUGCGCCACCGCAAUCACAAUAUAUGACUGACAAAUCUAUAGAUAUGGCACAAUGUAAAUUAAUGGAAGAUGAACAAGAAACAUUGGAUUCUAAUGUUGAUAAUACUUCGCUAAUAAAAAAAUCUGGUUUGAAACAAUAUUGGGAAAAUAUUACAAAAUUUAUUGAUGCUCCAUAUGUUAAAUAUCUGUACAACUUGUAUUCUCAUGUUAUAUUUCUUAUGUUAUUCUCUUAUGUUAUCUUAUGUGAUUUUUUUCCAUUGUAUGAAUUUCAAUCAGAUAAAUGUCUUUUGGGUACGGAAGAAAAUUUAUAUCAGGAGAUAAAAAAUUCCAAUGAAUCAUUAAGAUAUAGUCUUCAUCCUCGUUCUCGACCAUCAACAACUGA